CGUUUUUUCGGUGGAUUAGCAAAUAAGAAAAGAAUUUUCCUUUUUCCUAACUUCAAAAAACUUCACAAUCAAAGUAAGUACAAUUUAAAAAAAGAAAAAAAAAAAAAAACCUUCGCCGGCGAGAGGACGUCGGAAGUGGGGUGUUCCCGAAAUUUCCGGCACCGACACGGCGGUUUGCGGCCAAAAGGGCGGUUUUUGAUGGGUUUUUUGAAUGCCCUUUGGAGCACUUGUGGAUUCUUUGUGGGAAUUUCAGUCGGUUUGAUCGCUGGAUAUUUCUUCUUUAUAUACUUCAAACCAAGUGAUGUGAAGAAUCCUGAGAUUAAGCCGUUGACUGAUCUCGACCCUGAAACUAUACAACGAAUGCUCCUCGAGAUGCCACUUUGGGUGAAAAAUCCUGAUUAUGAUCGUAUGGAUUGGCUAAAUAUGUUUAUUGAAUAUAUGUGGCCUUAUAUUGAUAAGGCAAUUGCCAAGACAGUAAGAAAUGUUGUUAAGCCUAUAAUUGCUGAGGAAAUUCCCAAGUAUAAGAUCCAUUCCGUUGAAAUCCAAGAGCUCACGCUCGGGUCGCUCUCGCCUACUCUUCAAGGUAUGAAAGUCUAUGAGAUGCAUGAAAAGGAGUUGAUAUUGGAACCUGCAAUUAAAUGGGCAGGAAAUCCCAAUAUCAUGGUUGCAAUUAGAACCUUUGGAUUAAAAGCCACUGUUCAGAUGGUGGAUCUGCAAGUUUUCACCGUGCCGCGGAUUAUCUUGAAGCCACUGGUUCCAAGUUUUCCUUGUUUUGCAAACAUUUCUGUCUCUCUUAUGGAAAAGCCACACAUUGAUUUUGGACUAAAGCUCAUGGGGAUAGACCUUAUGUCAAUACCCGGUCUUUAUAUGUUUGUCCAGGAGCGCAUAAAAGAUCAGAUAGCAAGUAUGUAUCUAUGGCCAAAGACUCUAAAAAUACAAAUUCUUGACUCGGCCAAAGCCUAUAAGAAGCCUGUGGGAAUUCUUCAUGUGAAAGUUGUGAAGGCAAUGAACCUUAGAAAAAAAGAUCUUUUAGGUGCAUCAGAUCCAUAUCUGAAACUAAAGCUCACCGACGACAAGUUACCUUCGAAGAAGACGUCCGUGAAGCACAAUAAUUUGAACCCCACAUGGAAUGAGGAGUUCAAGUUAGUCGUUAGAGAUCCUCAAUCCCAAGCCUUAGAGAUCCAUGUUUAUGAUUGGGAGAAGAUUGGGAAGCAUGACAAGAUGGGCAUAAAUGUUGUACCUCUGAAAGAUCUUCCUCCUGAUGAGGUGAAAAUCUUGACUCUUGACCUUAGAAAGAACAUUGAUUCAGAUGGGGUCGAAAACGAGAAGCAUCGCGGUCAGGUUGUAGUUGAACUUAAAUACAAACCAUUUAAAGAGGAGGAGAUAGCGAAAGGUUUUGAGGAAAAGCACGCAGUACCAAAAGCUCCCGAUGGAACACCAGCCGGUGGCGGUUUGCUGGUGGUCAUAAUUCAUGAAGCUGAAGAUGUUGAAGGAAAACAUCAUACCAAUCCAUUUGUAAGGAUUUACUUCAGAGGGGAUAAGAAAAAAACUAAGCGGGUGAAGAAGAAUCGAGAUCCAAGAUGGGAGGAGGAGUUCCAUUUUUCACUAGACGAACCUCCAACGAAAGACAAAUUACAUAUAGAAGUUAUAAGUAGUUCUUCAAAAAUAGGUUUGCUGCAUCCAAAGGAAUGUCUUGGCUAUGUGGAUAUCAGCCUAUCAGAUGUGGUGGCCAACAAAAGGAUUAAUGAGAAAUACCAUCUCAUAGACUCAAAGAAUGGACUCAUCCAUGUUGAACUUCAAUGGAGAACUUCCUCAUAGAACACUUCUCUCGUGUUCGCAUUCAUUUAUUUGUUUUUUGAGCUGUAAAUUUUGGGCAUGUUUCGUGUAACUUUGUGUUUUUAUAAUAUGCUCUUAAGUACCAACAUUAACAAUGUAAGAAGGAAAGAAGGAAAUAAUGUUUGUGAUGCAUGCUAGUAGCAGGUCUGAUUGCAUGGAAA